AAAAAUACUAAUAUGGAGAAAAAUAAAUAAAUAUUAGUAUGCAUAUAAAUAUUUUUGCUAGCGGUCGAGCAGGUGAAGGUAGGAGCGGCUCAAGCUCAAGCAAGCGGCGGCCAGCUGUUGUUUGUUGACAGUCGUGGUGUUGUGGUCGUGAUGGCGGGUAGCCGUGAGGAGCCUGCCCAAGAGCAGGAUGGGGACACCGUGGCCGGGAAGCUGGAAAAUGUGUCUCGCUUUCCACGCCACGGCUGGAUGGUGUCCCUGGAUCACACUUUUCCAGAGAAGAGGGACCAGAAAAUACGACCUAGGAUAGGUCAGCUGCCACAGCUCAUCCCGCUCUUCAUGAGGUAUCUGGUAUGGUACAUGUACACCAGAGCAAGAGGACGCAAGCCAUGGAUUGAUUGCAUAACCAUGAUGCACGGGAAACAGAUGUAUGGUGUGCCGCUGGGAGGAAUUGGUUCUGGGACAAUAGGGCGUGGGUUUCGUGGGGAAUUCUGCCGCUACCAAAUGGUUCCUGGAAUAUAUGAGUACCAGACAGUGACAGCCAAUCAGUUCAUUGUCACAAUCAGAGACCCAAAGGGAAAAACUCUUUAUCAGAAGGUCUUAUCAGUACAGAGCCAACCCAAGAAAGGUUUGGAGUCAUGGGAGUGGGGUUUCAAUGCAGCUGAUGGCCUCUAUUGUGGCUUGUACCCUCGCUCCUGGACCGUCUAUAAUAUCAAAGAACAGGGAAUUAGGCUCAUAUGCCGCCAAAUAUCUCCUGUCAUACCACACAAUUAUAAGGAUUCAUGUUUGCCUGUAGGUGCAUUUAUUUGGAACAUUGAAAACUACAAUCCUGAACCAAGAGAUGUGUCUAUUGCAUUUUCUUUCAAAAAUGGAACUGGUGGAAGUGAAGACAAAGAAGGGGAAUGCUGGAGUGAGGUGUUCGAGCAGGAGCUGGAGGAGACUCGAGUGAAAGGGGUGGUCUUGCAUCAGACUUUACGAACCCUAAAUUUGCGCUACUGUUUGGCUGUUAAAGAAAGGCCUGAAGUAUCGGUGACCAGAAGUCCUGGGUUUGAUCCAUUGGGUUCAGGGGAGUCACUAUGGAAUGACUUGAAGAUAGAUGGAGAGCUGGACACUAGUGACAUCCCAGUAACUAAAACUAGAAAGGGUGAAGAGAGAGCUGUUGCUGUAUGUGGAAAGUGUAGUAUUAGUGCCAGUAGCUCAGGAAUGAUAGAAAUGGCCUUGGUGUGGGACAUGCCUCAGAUUGUGUUCAAGAGCAAAGGAGUGACACACACCAGACGGUACACUCGCUGGUUUGGUGAGGAGCUGACAGCAGCUCAGGAGAUGGCUGCCUAUGCCCUCCACCACUACUCUCGCUGGGAGGAUGACAUAGAGGCUUGGCAGAAUCCAGUACUCCAGGAUGGAUCACUGCCAGACUGGUUCAAGAGUGCAAUUUUCAAUGAACUCUACUUCAUAGCAGAUGGAGGAUCAGUGUGGUUAGAAUUGCCAGAGCAAGUCACUUCUACACUGCCUCUGCAUGACUCAAGAUGCGAGUACGGCCGGUUUGCAUACCUGGAGAGCCACGAGUAUCGAAUGUACAACACUUAUGAUGUCCACUUCUAUGCUUCCUGGGCCCUGGUGAUGCUGUGGCCUGAACUCCAAAAGUCCCUGCAGUAUGACAUGGCUCAGUGGACCACCUCAGCAGACCUUACACCCCGCACACACCUUUUCAGAGGGAAUAAAGGUGUUCGUAAGCUGGCCAACGCUGUACCUCAUGAUGCUGGAGAUCCUGAGGAUGAGCCAUUUGUACGAGUGAAUGCAUAUCAGAUACACGACAUCAGCUUCUGGAAGGAUCUCAACCUGAAGUUUGUUUUACAGGUGUACAGAGACCACACCUUCUUCAAGGACCGCAACUAUCUGGCCCACAUGUGGCCUGUCUGCCGUGCUGUGAUGGACCGCAGCUUCACCUAUGACCGGGAUGGUGAUGGGCUGAUUGAGAAUGAAGGGCAGGCAGACCAGACCUAUGAUUCUUGGAUCAUGCACGGCCCAUCUGCUUACUGUUCAUCCCUGUGGGUGGCGGCACUUGCCUCCAUGGUGGAGAUGGCUGUGGAACUGAAGGACACUGCUGAGCAGAAGAAAUUCUCAGAAGCUCUUACCAAAGCUAAAACAGCACUGCAUGAAAAACUUUGGAAUGGUAAAUAUUACAAGUUUGAUACUUGUGGUGCACCACACAGUGACAGUAUCAUGUCAGACCAGCUGGUGGGCCACUGGUACCUCACUUUAUCAGGCAGCAACAGUGAGGUGUUCCAGCACAACUGUGUACACUCCGUGUUGAAGAUGUUGUAUGAGUACAAUGUGCAACGCUUCAAUAAUGGAGAAAUGGGAGCAGUGAAUGGCAUGAACCCCAAUGGCACCAUUGACCGCUACACCAUGCAGAGUGAGGAGAUGUGGGUGGGAGUCACAUAUGGUUUGGCUGCUACAAUGAUCAUUGAGGGCAUGGUGGAGGAAGGCUUCAAGACGGCAGAGGGAGUCUACCGAACAGUCUAUGAGAAAAUUGGGUUAGGGUUUGAGACUCCUGAGGCUCUGUAUGGGCAACACAAGUACCGGGCCAUUGGGUACAUGCGGCCACUGUCCAUCUGGUCAAUGUACUGGGCUUACACACUGCACCAGAGGAAAAAGAACAUUGCCUCUGUCAGUGACGAUGCAGUGCAGAAUGACACUCCUUUCCCAGAGGAGCCUGUCAAAAGAACAAGGCCAGUAGCUGAUGAUUCUGACUCUAGUGAUGUAUCCCAAUGACAUAUUACUGAAUAGGCAUUUAUCUUUGUUAUUUGUUGGAUUUGCUUGGCUUCCAGAGGAGGGGGAUGUGUCAAAGAGAUGAUCAAAGUAGUUUAGAGUGCUUUGUCUCUGUCUUGAUGUAUUUUUCUAUUCUUUUAUUUAAUGCAUUUUAAUUUAUAUUGAUUGUUUUAAUGCUUUUAAGUACCUAAUUUUUUCCUUUACAGUAUUCUUAAAGCACUAUUUCCAUUCUUUUCUCUCUCUUUCUGAUUCCUUCCUUCAAGUCAUGUGUGUCUUUGGAACUUGUAUGUUAUAGUGUCACUGGGUUACUUCUCUUCACAGGUAUCAACAUCAUAAUGCUUACAGAAGUUGAAUUCAAGAGUGCAUAAGGCAUUGUAGUUUAGUUUUAAGUAUUGUUUUCCAGUAAGGCUGACACAACUGAUUAUGUUAGCAAUGAUCACUGUAAUGUUCUAAACCACUGUAGCCUGAGGAAGGACAGCCAUCUCUGAAUAUACUUCAUAUAAGUUAUUCUCUCUCUCUCUCUCUCUCUCUCUCUCUCUCUCUCUCUCUCUCUCUCUCUCUCUCUCUCUCUCUCUCUCUCUCUCUCUCUCUCUCUCUCUCUCUCUCUCUCUCUCUCUCUCUCUCUCUCUCUCUCUCUCUCUCUCUCUCUCUCUCUCUCUCUCUCUCUCUCUCUCUCUCUCUCUCUCUCUCUCUCAUGAUGUUUGGCUGUGCACCUGGUGUUCUUGCUGCCAGAAGAUGGUUGGUUGGCAUGCCUGUGUCACUGCCACAUUGCUGUUGUUGGAGUGGUCAAGGUAUAGAAUGUUUGUUUGGAGAUGCAGGAAUUCAGAAUAUUUUUCUUUGUAUUCCCUGUAUAUAACUAAUUCCAAGCAACUGAAGGGAAUGAGAAUGAAGGCUAGAAUUCCUUUUCUGUGAUUGCUUCUCUUCCAACAAAGCAAGAAGGAAACAGAAAUCUUUUACUCUUUGUCUUCUAUUAUUUUCUUUUCCUGGUUGUUUUUAUAAAGGCCACUGUUUGUGCGCAAGACAAAUCAGGUUCCAUAGAAAUUUAUGUACUAAUGUAGAUGGUUUUCCAGAACUGCAGGUCUUAUUUACACAUCAUUGCUGCUGAAGACAUGCAGAACAUAUGAUAUGGUAGUGAAAUGUGUCUUUUCUAGGUCACAUAACUAUUUCAGAGACCAGAACAAAAAUAAGAGUUUAAAGAGUUGUAGUUGGGAAAAGUUUUCUAGCAGUAAAAGGAACUCAUUUGCAAGUCAUGAUUCACUACCAGUGAGAAGCCAUCCCAACCUUGCACACUGAAAAAGAAUUGUGUCUCAGUAAGUGUUCAUGUUUCAUACACUGUGCAAUGAGUGAACAGUUUGUUGUAUACAGAAUAUAUGGCAAGUCAAAUUCAUCAUUACUGAAGGCAAUAUAAUAAUUCAAUCCUUUAUUCCCUGUGAGCUGAGGUAGUAUAAAACUUUUCUUCCUAUACUAUGACAAGAAUUUUUUUGCCAUACUUGUUUGAACAGAAUAUCACAAGUUAGUGGAAGUCAAUCACUUAACAUUUCAUUUGGUGCAGAGAUGAACUUUGAUAGCACAAGUAUAGGUCCUAUUUUCAUAUCUACAAAUGUUGACUGAUGACAAUAAUGUGAAUAUCCAGGGAAGAAAUAUCUGUAGGAGAAGCUGUGUAGUGAAGUUAAAACUGUGCUCCAAUGUAAACUUAAAGCUGGCAGUGUGAAAUGUUACAUCAUCAUCACCAUCACCAUUGUCACCAUCAUAAUCAUCAUUUUCAAGGGCUGAUAUCAUGCUUAAGUAGAACCUAGUGGCAGGAUGUGUCCAACAUGUUUGUCCAUUCCUGUAGGUUCUAGGUCCGUCCUCAGGAUCUUGUCUCUCUUAUCUUAGAACAUCCCCAUAGGACUUGAGCUUUUAGAAAUAAGGAUUAGAAUUGUAACUAUAUUUGGGAUUUAGAAGUUUUCACUAAAUUUUGAUCCAAAGGAUUUUGUUGAAGGUGGUUUUUUGCUCGUGGGAUUCCUGUCUGAGAGUUUUAUCUUCCAUGAGGGUUUAUAUCUGUACCUCCUUUGUCUGCUUCUUUUUUUGGUAUGUAUUUUUUAUAUAUUGUACCUCCCUCUUUUAAGAUAUUUAUAUGCUUUUUCCAGUUAUUCACAUCCUUUUUUUGUUUUUAGUACUCCACCUUUAAGAUGUUCAUAUGCUUCACUCAAUGUGCCUGUCCUUGGGCUGCCCCCACACUUCUUUGCUUCAUACUUAACUUUGUUUGCAAUAUGGAUUAAUUCACAGCACUGCAAGCUCUGUACAAAGUCUUUACAGUCACCUGCAAGAAAGAGCAAGGGAAUUGAGGAAUAGAUGUUUAGCCAGUAUAAUGUUUAGAGAUGGCUGUAAGAUUAAAAGAAAAAAAGUCUCAGAGUGGCUUUUGAUUAAGGAAAGGGUCAGUAGUUAAGUUUUUUUUUUUUUCACAUCAUCAUCUUUAGUAACAAGUUUCAUCAGUAAAGCAUCACACUUCUCAUGGAGAGUGAAUGCCUCCUAAGUUUUAAUGGUAUUAAAAAUCCUCAUAGAAGUGCUGAGGCACUUCUAUGAGGUUCAGUUGUGAUCAGCAGGCAAGCAACCUGCUGCUCUUCCACUAUGUUUUGCAUUUUAAUUCAGUUGUAACUCUUUCAACAUCAUGACAUAUAUAGGUUUAAUAUUUCAGUCGUCAUUACAGGAUUAUAUUGAGUUUACAAUGGCAUUGUAAUGACAGAAAUGUUCAAAAUCAUCUCUAGUUAAGCAUACAGUCUUAUUUUAUCUCUGUUUACUAUUUUCUAACAAAUAGUUGGUGAUUUCAUGAUGCUUGAAAGUUGUCUCAUACUGAUAAGGUCAAGCCCUCUGAUGUCAUUAGAAUGUUCAGUUGUUUGAUUUUGUCAGCAAAUCAGAGGACUUAGGAUUAAUGAAAAAUGUUAAAGACAGUGGAGAAGAGCGUGGUAUUGUAACAGACUUCUAGCAGUGACUAUGGUGUACUUCACCAUUACUGCAGGUGCAUCUCAGUCCAGUACAGUGUAAGAUAUGAAUGCUAAGCCCCAUCCACACAAAUGGGCAGUGUCCAUGGACACAAGCGAGCAGUUUGCCUGUUCGUGGGCUUACCGCUUAUGCAUGCGGGCAAACUAGGAAGAUGCUCAUGUUGAUGGUUGUGCAGUUUCAUGAGACCAAGCACUAUUGAGUGCUUUUACAUCACUGCCAAACAUACAAAGUUUUCUAUGGAAACAAAGGGCCAUGGUUGAUACUGUUAACAACUCUUUGCCUGCAAAAAAAUUAGUGGCCUAAACAUCACAGUCUUCAUUUAAUAUAAUUUUAUUGACAGCAUCCUUGCUUGUGGAAUGUUUAAAUGGACACAUACAGAGACCACCUACUCUGGCUCCUGCUCAGUUGUGACUGACCUAGACCAUACAUUUGGAAAACAAGUGUGCCUGCAUGCAUAGCAUUGCCCAUCAGGCUGUGCUCAAUCAUGUGUAUGGGGCUUUAGGGCACUGACUUUAUAGAUCUGUUAGGAGUAAGAUGAUAAGUUAAUUAGCUCUCUCUUUCUCAUUUUUUUUUGCUGUGUGUGUGUGUGUGUGUGUGUGUGUGUGUGUGUGUGUGUAAGUGUUUUCUUCUGCAAUGAGUAAUGUUUAAUUGUCAUUAAGGUUAAGUUGAGCAAAGAGGAUUGUUAAUUAAGUAAGUAGUAAAAACUCUUGGUUAAGGGAAAGUGUGAUUUGUUUGUCCAUUUCAUAUUGCAGAGUGAUGCUGCUAUUAUAUAUUACAAUAAUUUUUCCUCAGAUUAUUGAUAUUUAUUUGUUACAUUGUUCAUUAUGUAUUAGAUUGUCACAUUGUAUUUAUUUGAACAAUGUAUAUGUAUUGAUUCUCACACUGAUUGUCUUUGUACUGUCAAAAAAAAAAAGUAAUUCAGAUUUAGUUUCCAUAAUUGUUUCGGCUCUCUUCCAUUCAGUAAUAAUUCAGUCGCAGUACUUACUUAGUUUCUUGGGUUUUUAGAAAGUUUAUCUCCAAAGUCACACACUUCCUAGAAUGCAUUGUCUUCCUAUCAGGUUUGUCUUCCUUCCAGAGAGAUGGGGUUUUUAUUUUCUCAAUGUUGUAAUGUAUUCAGACUCAGUAUGUCAAUCAAAAUGGGUUUUUUGAAUUAAAUGGAAAAAAUAAA